UUUUUUUUUUACAAAUUGAAAAAAGAAAAAGUAAAAAUCGCUUAGUUCAUGACUUGAAAUCGCGUCGAUCACAUUCUUAACACUUGUCGAGCUCGGACUUUUAGUUCUCAUAAAAUAAAUAGUCACCUUAAUUUCUACUUUGAUUUUAUAUUUUUUUAAUUUCGAUAAACAAUUGCUCGUGGACUUUUUAAAUAACAUGAGUUAAUUAAAUUUUAAGUUCAUUUCGCUUCUAACUGUACAUCAGUUCGGAGGGUUGUCUAGUGGAAGAACAAGAAAAAUAAAGGAAGGAAGAUUAAGUAAUCAUUUGUUGUGAAUGUGACCAAGACAAAUUUUGUGUGUGAAAAAAUGCUUUUUGUGAAAUAAAAAGCAAAAACAAAAAAUUUGGAAAUUUGAAAAUAAUAGAAGAAAAUUGAAUUGAAAGUGAAUAAAAUAAUAGUGCACAAUGAGUCAACCACCAAGGAAGGACUCUCAAGUCCGAAAAUUGUCGUUCUUAGGAUUUACACGGGGCGAAAAUGCAGACGAAAAUGAAGCACAACUCGAUGAAGAGAUGGAAAAAGUCUUCUCCGAACCUGGUUUGAUGUCAAAGUUUGAUGUUCGCAAAUUAUCAGAUAUAAACAAACCAGCAAGUAGCACAAAACUCGAGGAAGCUACACCGCCUGCAAAUGUAAAAUAUAAUGAAAAAGAUUACGAUUCACAUCGAAAAUAUCCACCACCAUAUCAAUCCUCAAAAAAUCCAAAAAGUAUGAGUAAACCAAGUUCAAAAGAAUUGCCAAAAAAGGUUUCAACUGAUCCAACAAGCAGUCCAAUUUCUGAUUCAGAUGGCGGUGGUUAUGGAAACGAUACUUUAUCGCGUCAAUCAAACUUUUCUUCUUAUGCUGACUACACAUCUCGUGAUGUAAGUGAAGACAUUGAUGAUGAGGAGCCACCAUUAUCUGAACGUAUGACCACUUAUCGUGGAGGUGAUGAUGAUGAAAAUGCAAAGAAAGUGCAAUUUAACAAGGGUGGGAAGAAGCCAGAAGCUCAAGAAGAAACUGAGGAGGAUAGACAACGAAGAAAAGAACGUCAGUUACACUUCAAAAGUCGAAAGUAUUCACUCCAAGAAUAUAAUCCAGAGAAUCGUGGCAAGCAAGCAGGUUCCGAAAGUGGACAAAGUGGUGGUCGAAGAGUUUCUGUACAGCCAGAAGAUGCCUCACUCCAAGAAGCUGAUUUGGAUACAUUGACAUCACAUCGCUCUGAAGAUCCUCGUGGAAUGCGUCGCUUCAAAGUCCAACCGUCAAACGUUCCAAAAAGUCAAGGAGAACAGUAUAUGCAGAACAUAAUUGGUGCUAAUAAAAAAUCAAACAUUGAUCGGAGUCCACAUGAAGUUUUCGUCCAGCUUGAUGAAUUACAUGGUUUGGGAGAUGAACGUGAAUGGAAAGAAACAGCACGUUGGAUUAAGUAUGAGGAGGAUGUGAUGGAAGGCUCUGAUAGAUGGGGAAAACCACACGUUGCAUCACUUUCUUUUCACUCGUUGUUAAAUUUAAGAAGAUGUCUCGAGACUGGUGUCGUAUUGAUGGAUUUGGAGGAGAAAGAUUUGCCAGGUGUUGCUUAUCGUGUUGUUGAACAGAUGGUUAUUGAGGACUUAAUUCAUCCUGAUGAUAAAGCGUCAAUCAUGCGAGCGCUUUUACUCCGACAUAGACAUGUGAAUGACCACACACACGGAAGCUUCCAUUUCGGUCCGAAGCGAAAAUACAGUAGCUAUAGUAGUCUACAGAAUUUACAUUUUCGAGUUCGUAAUGAAGACUUGGAACAUUUUAUUUUUAUUGAUGAAGCAACGUCAUUUUUUUGUGACGAUUCGGAAUGUAAAAAUCAUCACUAUCCUCAACACGGACCAUCAAAGCGAGCAAGCUUUACGAUAUCAAAUAUUAUGAGUAAUCCACGUAGUUUAAAUGCAAGCCGCAAUAAUUCAUUUUGUACUCGUAGUGCAAUUAAUCAUGGUGCUCACGCGAGAAAAAUUGCUCAAAUACUUUUGAGUCCCACUGGAAGUUCAUUUCCAUCAAAUGAAUGCUCCACAUAUAUGAAACAUGAUGCAUCUUAUGACAUGAAAUCUCAAUCUCUUGAAGAUGUUGCAAUGGUUAAAUUUCAACAAGUUAGUCGAGCACAGCGAUAUUCCAUAUCGACUUUAUACAUUUUAAAAAAUGUCAGUGAAGAGCGCAAGAGAAGCUUCUUUGGCGGAAGUGAGGCAACAAAUAAUGGAUCUCAUCUCUUCCGUAAUGGCAGUACUGCUGACACAAAAAUUGAAAUGAGUCAAGGACAAGAAACUACUUAUACAGCAUCACAAGAGGAUUUAAAGAAGAUUACUAAAGAAACAAUUUUAAAGAGAAUUCCUGAUAAUGCGGAAGCAACGACUGUGUUGGUCGGUUCCGUUGAGUUCCUCGAACAACCCACAAUAGCUUUUGUUCGACUUUCUGAAGGAAUCAUGAUGCCCUCCAUCACAGAAGUUCCAAUUCCAGUGCGUUUCUUGUUCAUUCUUUUAGGACCAAAGACAGCAGAUUUAGAUUAUCAUGAAGUAGGUCGUUCCAUUGCCACAUUGAUGUCAAAUCGUCACUUCCAUAACAUUGCAUACAAAGCUGAUGACAGAAAAGAGCUUUUAUCAGCCAUUAAUGAGUUCUUAGAUGACUCAAUCGUUUUACCUCCAGGAAAAUGGGACAAGGAACAUUUAUUGCCAUUCGAAGAGCUCAAAGCCAAGAAUGAAAUGAUUCGUACAAGAAAGAAGAAAGCAAUUGAGGAGAAAUUAAAGACGAAACCGCUUACAAGCGAGGAGGAGAAGAAAUUGUUGGCAGCCGCUGAUGACGAUGACAAGGAUAAGAAGCAGCCAGAUGAUCCAUUAAGAAAGACAGGUAGACUAUUUGGUGGAAUGAUAAAUGACAUCAAGCGUCGUAUGCCAAUGUACAAAAGUGACAUUAAAGACGGCUUAAAUAGUGAGACACUUGCUGCAACAUUAUUUUUAUACUUUGCUGGUUUGGCUACAGCCAUCACAUUUGGUGCUUUAGUUGGAAGUAAGACUAACAAUCUUGUGGGUAUUUCUGAGACUUUGAUAUCAGCAUGUUUCGUUGGAAUGAUAUUCCAUGCAUUCUCGUCGCAGCCUUUAGUAUUUGUCGGAACAACUGGUCCCUUAAUUUUAUUCGAUGACGCUUUAAUGCAAUUCUGUACCCAGAUGGGCUACAACUUCCUGAUGAUUCGUGUUUAUAUAGGAUUUUGGCUAUCAGCGAUUGCUUUAACUAUGGCGGCCUUUGAGGGUAGUGCCUACGUUCGACUUUUUACUCGAUUUACACAAGAAAUUUUCUCAGCACUUAUUACGUUAAUUUAUCUUGUCGAAACUGCACUUAAACUAGUAAGUACAUACAAACGUCAUCCAUUAUUUGCUGAAUAUGUUUACAAGAACAUAUCUGAUGUUGUUACUACAACAACAACACAAGUGAUACCAUUGCUCAAUGAUGCUAUGAAUGAAAUUAACGGAACUUUAUCAGAUGCGCCUCAGGCAUUAGCUUUGGAGUCAUCAAAUGAAACUGAAAUAACUACUUCUAGUGAACCUAAUUUGCUCCUUCCAUGGGACACAACAGGACCUUUGAAUCAACCAAAUACAGCACUUUUCUGUACAUUAUUGACAUUAGGCACAUUCACACUUGCUUAUAGUCUUAAAAUAUUCCGCAACUCAAAGUUCCUUGGAAGAAAUGCAAGACGUGCUUUGGGUGACUUUGGUGUACCAAUCGCAAUUGCUGUUUUCUUGGCUAUUGACUUGACUGUUCCACAAGUUUUUACGGAUAAGUUGGCUGUACCUGAUGGAAUUUCUCCAAGUGAACCAGAACAGAGAGGCUGGUUAAUUCCUUUCGGACCAGUAGAAGCAUGGCUUCCAUUUGUAUGCUUAGUUCCAGCAUUGCUUGUCUACAUUUUGAUAUUUAUGGAGACACAAAUUUCCGAGUUGAUUGUUGGAAAACCUGAAAGAGGCUUGAAAAAAGGCAACGGAUUGCAUUGGGAUAUUGUUCUUUUAUGCUUCUGUAAUACAGUUUGUGGAAUGUUUGGAUUGCCAUGGCAUUGUGCAGCUACUGUACGAUCAGUUACUCACGUAUCAGCUGUAACAAUUAUGUCAACCAAUCACGCUCCUGGUGAUUCUCCAAAGAUUGCUGAUAUUAAGGAACAAAGACUUUCUGGAUUUUUCGUGUCACUAUUGGUUGGAUUGUCACUUUUUGCUUCACCAUUGCUCAAGCAGAUUCCAAUGGCUGUGCUUUUCGGUGUGUUCUUGUAUAUGGGUAUCUGCUCAAUGAUUGGUGUACAGUUCUUUGAAAGAUUGAGGCUAAUCUUUAUGCCUGUGAAGCAUCAUCCACAAGUUCCUUAUGUUCGACGACUCCCAACAUGGAAAAUGCAUGUCUUUACCAUUACUCAAGUUCUCGCUUUGGCAUUGCUGUGGGGUGUAAAGUCUUCUAAAUUUUCUCUCGCUUUCCCCUUCAUUUUGAUGAUGAUGGUUCCUAUUCGACAGCAGCUUGAGAGAAUUUUCACUCCUUUGGAAUUGAGAGCGAUUGAUGGAAAUCAACCUAACGAUGGUGCUGAAGAUGAACCAGAUUUCUAUGAACAAGCACCACUUGCGGCUUAAAAGAAUCAAAUUUCAUCUCGAACAAUAUAAGUAUUAAAAUACUUAUUGUAAAUUGAAGAAAGAUAAACUAGAUUUUGAGAUUUAAAGUUUUUUGAAAAGAUACUUUGGGACAUUUGUGUCUUCAAAUGAAACCUUAUUAUUGAUUUUUUGAAAAGAACUGUGAAUUUUUAAGUCUAGAAACUAAUAAUGAUAAUAAUAAUAAUAACUAGUAAAGAUUUCCUUAAAAUUAAAGUUUAACUAUGUAAGUUCAAAUUGAUAAAAAAAGCAAUUGAGAAAAUACUAGAACAAUUCAUGCCUAAAAAAUUCAUAAUUCAAUUAAUAGUAACAAUAAUAAUAACUCAAGGUACUCGUAGGUACACAUUGAAGAUUUAAUAAAAAGUUAUAUUGACAAUCUUUGUAGGACUUUUGAAGAUUUUAGAAACUAGGAACAAAAUUAAUAAGGGCAAAUACUUAGUAAAGAAGUCAAUGAAUAAAGUUUCCUCGGCAUUAAACUUAACAUAAAUUUUAACGAAUAAAAAUGAGAGAAUUUUUAGAUAUUUAUGAUGCAUAUCUAAACUUUAAGAUUUAAGAACUUCAUCAAUUCCUGUUCGGGGUUUUUUUGUAAAUGACGGAUCUUGAAAAUUUGGAUUUUUCUUCAUUUUUUGCACUGGAUGUUUCAAUAAAGAGAAGAAUAAUAUUCAAAUCUUAUGAUGACCGUCAUUUAUAAACAAUUCCUAAGCUACAUUAAAAGUUGCUGCUAUUAAGCACGAAUUAGUGAAAAAAUAUUAAAUUUAAUUAAAAAAGAUAUUUUUCGAGAAAAAAAAAUUGUUUUUAUUGUUAUUAAUUUCAAACUGUUUUAUGAAUAAAAGAUUAUUUACAUUAUAACCGAG